AGCAGCGUGCACGCGCAACAGCGGCAGCAGCGGCAGCAGCAGUAGCAGCAGCAGCUCGAGUUGGCAUCGGAUUUUCCUCAAUGAACAUUACGCACGCGUAUGCGUGCGUGUGUGUGCGUAAGCCAUCGGGAUAACCACCUAGUGGAGAUUGACUGGUUUAUAGCCGUGUAAAAAAACACACAGCGUGAAUUAACUAUCCUUGUUAUAGUGAAGCAACGCUAUCAUAUUUGUAUUGAUAAAGACACACGCCAGUCGGGAGUUCCCGCUGGGACAUUGUCUCACUCAUAUAAUAGCCUAUGGUUAUUACCCAAUGCGGGAAGCUUGGCAUGGAUUGAUGACUUGUACGAGCGAGUGGCGGCAGUGAAUGACUGUGUUUACUAGAGUGUGUCUUAGCUCAACAGUGGAUUGCAUGAUAGGCGUAACCCAUAAGUGUGCAAAAGACGUGAUUUUCGGCGAAAGAAGCCAACUUUAGCUGCUUUGUUGCUAGGAGGGAUGUAGGAUACAUACACAUCAGAAGAAUACAUGAAGGACGUCGCCAGUGAGCAUGGUAAACCAUUCGAGCCACAUCACGUGAUCGAGUUCUGUUACGUCAACAUCAUCGGCAUGUGGCUCUAUGGGAAAAUAUUCCAACAGCGAGACGAGCAGUACUUGAAAUGGGCGGCCACGUUUGCUCGCAGGUUGGAGCUGGGAUCAUGUCUGCUUGUGGACUGGUUCCCAUCGCUCGCCUGCGUCACCAGCGCUGAAGUUAGAGAAUUGAAAGGACACGUGCAAACGAUGACGGACUGGCACACCAAAGUGGUGGAGGAACACAGGCAGACGUUGAACGAGUCCAGUCCGCGCGAUUUUCUCGAUCACCUGUUCAUCCAGCAGCAGACGGGCAAGCUGAUGGUCUCCGACGCAGACAUCUGCUGUGUGUUAGAUGAUUUACAAAGCAAUGGAUUUGAUACUGUUACUGCUACCACCGUCUGGGGCAUUCAGCUGCUCGUGCAGAAUCCAGACGUGCAGAAGAAGCUGCAGGCUGAGAUCGACGAGGUCGUCGGCAGCGGCAGGGCGCCGACGACGAAGGAUCGCCGCAACAUGCCCUACUUGGAGGCUACGCUUUGGGAGAUUCAGCGUGUAGGAACGAUCGUUCCCAUGCCCGGCAUACGCGGUGCAUUGUCUGAUACCACCUUAGGAAGCUUUGACGUGCCUAAGGAUACCAUUCUACUGAUCAACCACGCCAAAAUGGCUAUGAAUCCCAUCAAUUUCCCACAGCCACAGAAGUUUGACCCGACUAGGUAUCUAGAUGAGAACGGAGUCGUCGUGGCACCGGAUAAAAAGAUGAUGCUGUUUGGCAACGGUUUCCGAAAAUGUCCCGGCAUGCAACUCGCUCGCGACAUGAUGUUUACUGUCAUGGCGAACCUGUUGCAGCGUUUCACAUUUCAGCUACCAGAGGGCGUCACAGCUUUCCCUGUCGGCAAAACCGUCGGUCUCAUACAACACCCACUGCCUUAUAAGAUCACAGCUAUUCCGCGGUUAUAAUAAUGAAAUAAGGAAACAGAAUAUCGCAUAUUGGCGUUGGUUGACGGGGUCAAACGACUCGGUUCCCUUAGUAUACCGCAAUAGUAUUUGCCUUGUAAUCAUGUAUAGAUAAUGAUUCAAAAUGAAAUAAAAUUAUGCAUUAAACAUUAGUUGAUUAU